GUAUUCCUAUGCGUAAUUGUUUAUAAAUAUUUGUUACAUACUACUUAUUAUUCAGUAUAAUAUUUCGUUUCUAACUUGCUUCAUUUCUGUAAAACUAAUUAAAAUAACACUAUUAUUGUUAUCAUUAACAAACAUUACACGUAUUGAAAUGUAAUGUUCAUGGAAGUAUUUUUACAGUUAUUGAUUUAUUCAUUGAACAUUAUUAGACCUACUGUUUACAUACCUUUUUUAUGAUGACUUAUAAAAACAAGUGAUUAAUACAUUGUUCAUGUCUAUCGCAAUGUAUCAUCAAUUUAUGUCAGUAAAUGGUUUACAAUUUCAUUAAAUAAUUAUGACAAUAUAAGGCGUCAUGUGGAAGAAAUGUUGUACUAUAAGCUGUAUAAAAUGUAGUGAUCAUCAUCAUCAUCAUCAUUCUCAACCGAAAUUAAAUCAGAAGAAUACAUCGAAAUCGAAAACAAUUAAGCAUCCUUCAACAAAUUCAGAACAUAGUCGGUCUUUAUUAUUAGUGAAUUCUUCAAAUACAAAACAUGCAGAAAAUAAUUAUAAUGUAAAUUCAAAAUGUGAUCAUUUGACCACUUCUAUGACCACCAGUAGAGAUUAUCAAGUGGAGACUCAGAAUAUGGUAGACGAUAGUGAUCGUAGAAGCAUGAUGACAACAGUAACUACUACUCACACUACAACAACAACCGGUGUGGCUACUAUAUCUACUCCUACUUCCAUUAAUAGCAUAACAACUUCAGAUUUAAGUAAAAUAACUUUAUAUCAACCUGGAUCUAACGGUAAAUAUAGUCAGCAUUCAUCACAGAUUAAUCCAAUGAAUAAAAACACUGUAAAUAUCACUACUACUUCUGCCAUUACUGCUGAUACCAACGAUAGAAAUAAUGGCGAUACUCAUGGAUCAAAAGAUAAUAGUCUGGCCCCCCUCAUGUUGUCUACUAUAACUAGUUCAUCUGUAAUAAUGCGUCCAGGUAAACAAUUAGAAUCUUUUGUACACAGAAUUGAAAAAGAUGAGGAAGGCACUAGGCCAUUUAACCAGUUGUUUAGGCGAUCUGUUUCAAAUAUACAUUUCACAACGAAUAAUCAUGCUUAUUCUCACUGUAAUCAUCAUAAUUCUCCUACAUUUUUUUUACCACGUACAUCAACUGAUCCAAAUACAUCAACAUCAAAUGGUUUAUAUUCGAUCACAAAUAAUUCAUUUGAAUCACAAUUAAUGAAUAAAAAAAUUCCUAUACGUAGAGGAUCGAUGAUUGUUAGAUUGGGUCGAUCUAGUACAGGUGGGGCAACUGUUGCAACUAGUACCAGUUCACCAAGUACAAAUGGAAUAACUGGAGUCUUACCAGAUUCAUCCGUUGAAGGUGUGAUUGUGACACCAUUUGCUCAAGUGCUUGUUAGUAUGCAACGAAUACGGAAUGCAUUUAUCAGGUUGACCGCUGCUCAAGUAUCAAAUAGAUAUAACAUCACAACCGUAUUUGAUUCGGUUCCAACUGGCAGUCUAGCACCAGAUAGUAGUGAUUAUAAAAUAAUCGCAAAUGAAACACUUGAAGAAUUGGAAUGGUGUCUCAAACAAUUGGAAAAUAUUCAGACAAAAAGGCCUGUCUCUGAUAUGGCUUUUUCAAAAUUUAAACGUUUACUCAACAAAGAGUUGAAUAGUUUUGGUGAAGCUGAUAAGUCUAGACAUCAAAUAUCUGCCUAUAUUUGUGAAACAUUUUUAGAAACUGAAAAAGACGUUGAAACCAAUGAAGAGAUUGAUUCUAUGCUGGAAAGACGACGUAGUAGUGGUCAGUCGCACAAUUCAACCAGUGGACAAGAUACAAAUACUACAAGUAAAAGACAGUCUUCAGGAACUUGUGAUCCAAAUGCUAAUGUGACCAAUACAAGGACACCGGAUACUUCUUCUUCCUUUUCCUCAUCAGUUAUAAAGACAAGAUUAGGAUCAACUGGAAGUAUGUCAACUGAAUCUCGUAAAAGCGCUCAACUAAAUGAUUCUAGUGGUUUGUUAACAACAAAAUUGUCAUCCAGUUCAAAGUCAACGAGUCAAAAUGUAGACGAUGGUAAUGGGCCAUACCUACCAAUUCAUGGAGUUGAAACGCCCAAUGAUAAUGAGUUAGAGGAAAGAUUCUCGCAGUGUUUGGAUGAAUGGGGUUUAGACAUCUUUGAAAUUGAUCGACUGUCUAAUGGACAUGCCCUUACAACAGUUGCUUAUAGAAUAUUUCAGAAACGUGAUUUACUCAAAACAUUUUGUAUUGAUCCUCGUGUUUUUGUACGUUAUCUGUUAAGAGUUGAAUCAACUUACCAUGCUGAUGUUCCUUAUCAUAACUCAAUGCAUGCAGCCGAUGUUCUUCAAACAGCACAUUUUUUGUUACAAGCGGAAGCAUUAGACGAUGUUUUCAGUGACUUGGAAAUUCUAGCUGUUCUGUUUGCCGCAGCUAUACAUGACGUAGAUCAUCCUGGAGUAACUAAUCAAUUUCUAAUCAAUACUGGUCAUGAAUUGGCUUUACAAUAUAAUGAUGCAUCCGUUCUGGAAAAUCAUCAUCUUUAUAUGGCAUUUAAAAUUCUAACCGAAAAAGACUGUGAUAUAUUUGCUAAUUUAGGUGGAAAAAAACGUCAAACUUUACGUAGAAUGGUUAUAGAAUUGGUGUUAGCAACAGAUAUGUCUAAGCAUAUGAGUUUAUUAGCUGAUUUAAGAACAAUGGUUGAAACUAAAAAAGUUUCUGGAUCCGGUAUGUUGAAUUUGGACAAUUAUGCUGAUCGUAUACAGAUAUUACAAAAUAUGAUUCAUUGUGCUGAUCUUAGUAAUCCAGCUAAACCAUUACGAUUAUAUCGUAAAUGGACUGGACGUUUAAUUGAGGAAUUUUUCAGACAGGGGGAUAAAGAAAGAAAGCUAUCAUUGGAAAUUAGCCCAAUGUGUGAUCGUGAAUCUGUAGAAGUUGAAAAAUCUCAGGUAGGUUGUUAAUUCUUGUGUGUACAAAUUCUUUAUGUUUUUAACCGUGUAAAUGAGCAAUAAUAAAUUUGUUUUAUAAGGGCAAUGACAUUAAUAGUUUGAUAGUUAACUCACAAGGUAGCUUUUGUCCUCUAUAAUCACGAAUUCAGAUCCUACUCCACCUAACUCUAUCACGAUAACUGGGUAAUAUCACUAGCUGUCAUUCCCGUAGUACUUCUCAUAGACCGAUAUAUUUAUUUAUACUUCACAAUUGAGUUCUAAUCAAUUUUUAUGUAGAAAUAUUUUCCUUGUAACGAAAACCAUAUCAAUGCUUGAUACUCAUAAGCAAUACUAUAAGUUCUGAAUAUUCAUGACAGAUAUUACUGAAAACUGCAUAAAGUGUUUUUUAUUAACAUUAACUUGUAAAGAAGAAUAUUAUCUGGUUUUAAUGUUUGUUAUUUUAAGAAUAUUUUGUGCUUCUCUCCUUGUCCAACAAUGUGACUGAUCUCUCUUCACUAACGAAUUAUGAUUGUGUAGUUUCUAUGUUGAUUUUUUUAGUAAACUAUUACAUCACAUUGAAAGCUUGAUUGUUUUUCCGAAAAUAAUAACAGUAUGUACAGUAAAUUGUCUUAGUUACAUAGAUAGUAUCAUUAUUAGUGUUAUUCGGAACACCAUUGUUGAUUAUUUCUAUAGAUAUGUUUAGUAAAUUAUUAUUACAACCCAUAAAAUAUUCCGACAUGAUUGAUAGUGUAGGUGUAAAUAUUUAGUGCAAUAGAUAAUGACAAUUAUGUUUCCCACUGACGAGUUACGUGCUCAUGUACUUCUCUUUGAGCCGCAGUGUUUAUACAAAGAUUAAUAAUAAAACUACCUAGCUCCUCAAACAGAUUAUGUGAGAGAAGGGUUUGAACCCGGAAUCUAUUUGUUAAAAAUGAGCCAUUUCCUUACCGACUAGAAUAACAUAAUCAAAUGUGAUGUCAUUUUGUGGAGUGGCAAUCAUGGAGGUUUUUUUACUAGUUAAAACGAUCAACCGAGUGGACUACCAACUUCUUUUCAGGAGAGAAAAGUGUUAAUUUAUAGACUAAUAAUUGUGUCUAUACUGUUAUCGUUAAUAAUUAGCUUUCUAGCAGUGAAAUUGAAGGAGAACUAGUGUCAAGAACAACCGAUUCGCCUGAUUGCAGUUGACAGAAGACUGACUAAGUGGAGAAUAUCAGAACUGCCCAGAACUAUUUUAACAAACACAACAGUAUUAUUUUCAAACGCCAAAAUCCAAAUAAAUAAUAUUUCCAAAUGUUGCAAGUCAGGUGCCAGAUACCUAAAUUCUAUAAAGUUUAAUUUUAGCAAAGAAGCUUCGUAAUACAAUGAUCCAGAUCAACCACCAAGUAAUUAUGGCUACCCGAGAUUGUCAGGACAAAGAUUAACAAAUUUACAAUCAUUUUGUCUUCAAAUGGAGUUUAUUAAAAUACAUGUCCAUGAUUUGGUUAGAGAUCAAAAGGCUAUCAGUUCCCUGAUGAUUGACAAAUCUAUAUCCGUUGGUUCAUAUUUUCGAUUUCAUAUAGUUUUUGAUAUAGAGCAGAGAUCAUCCAAUUCAAUUUGUGCCAAGUCUCUCACACCUGAUGUAGUUUAAUUUUGUUUUGUAAACGUCUUGAACAUCACAAACUCAUUUCUAAAUUAGUUACUAAUUAAUAUAUGAUUACAGUUUGUUUUGAAAGUUAUGAAAGUUUUGUCUAAUUUUCGUCACAGAUUGACAACUUUUGAAGUAUUAUUUAUCAGCAAUAAAACUUCAUAUUUACCUAGAUAACCAAUGUGCUUAAGUCAGUUAAUCAGAACGAUUAUCUAGUAACAGUGUUUUACUGAACGAACAGAAAAUUGUCAUAAAAGAAAACAGAAUUAUUUUUAACUUCUUAGUUAUGAAGUACAACUGAGAAACAAUAAGAAGUUUCAGUUAAUAUAAUGAGUCAAUAUUGAACAUAACAAUAUCGAACUAUUUUGUGUUAGUUUCUGUGUUUCAUAGAAUGAAACUUUGUCAAACUCAUAAAAUAACAUUAUUUCUAAGACUUAAUACAAUGCAAUAAAAUGAUGUUGUGGUGUGCGCUCCUUAUGCGGACAGACAUAAGUACUAUAUAGCAGGAAUUGGGAGUGGAAUGCUUACCAGCAGGAUAUUAUGUACAGAGAAGAGGAAGGAAAACAGUUAGCAAACGGAAUAACAAGAGAAUUAGAAGAAUGAUGAAGUACGUAAAGGACAACUGAAAGAUGUGUAGAUGAUAUAUAUAAUGUUUGAUUUUCAUAAUUUAUAAAGGCGCUGUGUAAUUUUGCAUUAAAAUAUAAAUUGGUUUACAUCAUCAAGUUUUUAUUCUCUACAAAAUGAAUUACAAGGCUACAGUUAGUGUUUUUUAAAGCCUAAAAUAUUUAAAUGGAAUAUGCGGAAUAGCCACUGCAUUUGUAAUUAUUUUAAAUAAUUGAAUUCCAAUGUAAAAACUGAUUAAUGAUAUACAUACUUUCAAUGAAAAUGAUGUAGUACAAUUAUUUCACAUUUUUCAACGCUACUCGAUUUAUUGUAUAAUUUCAAUUGAGAUCAUGAACCAAUCAAUGUUAAACCACCAAUGAAAACGUGAAAGCACUUGAUGGUCGUUUUGCCUUAGUAUAGGACUCCUCAACAAUGUGUAUUCGUACUAGAACAAAACAGCCAUUUAGAGCUUCCAGGUUUUCAAUGGUGACUUAACAUUCAUCGGUUCAUGAUCUCAAUUAAAACUCAACAAUCUCCACAAUCCCAUAGUGAUAAUAUAAUAAUUGUCGCAUCCCAAUCACCGAAUAAACAAUUGAUAGAUAUUUGAUUUGCAAUCUAUAAAUAAUUUCAAGUUCAUUCUGAACUCUACACCGAACUAUUAUGAAACACUUUGUUCAAGUUCAAAUGAAAAUCUUUACAAAGUUCCACUUUAUGUGUUACCAUAAUUUCCUCCUUUAAAACCUUCUUUUUUACAAUAUCUAUCCUAUUUUUUCUAUUUUUAGGUUAGUUUCAUUGAUUUUGUG